GCCGCGCGGCACGCCGGGAUCCGCAGUCCGGAGGCCAUCGCCGCCAGCGCCCGGGGCCGUGUCCCACGCAUUUGAAAAUUCCCGCGGAGGCUCGCUGCGGUUCUCGCGAGAAGUGGCCCCGUCCCCCCGGUGCCGUCCCGCCCCCCGCGCGGCGGGUGAGCGAGCGAGUGAAGAAUGCGAGACCUAACGGCUCAGGUAACGAGCAGUCUGCUGCAGUUUCCAGAGGUGACUGUUGAGGCACUUGGGGAAGAUGAGAUCACCCUAGACUCUGCACUGUGUGGGAAGUUUUCUGGAGGCUUGCUCUUGGGCCUGUCAAAGAGCUUUGCUAUGAACCUGCAUUCCCUGCAGGUGACUGCCAUCGAACCCAUCAGCAAUGACGGCGGAGCCAGCGUGAGCACGCGGCACCUGCAUCAGAGCCUGCGAUGGCUCUUUGGAGUGGCAGCAGUGGCCACGGAUGUUGGCCAUGUCCUUCUGGUUGACCUUUGUUUGGAUGAUUUAUCUUGCAGUCAGAAUGAAGUAGAAGCAUCAGAUCUAGAAGUUGUGACUAGAAUUCCUGCUGAAGUUCCACAAAGAAGAGAAGCUGUGACCAGGGAAGGGAGGCAUCUCUGUUUUCAGUUAAGAAGUCCUUCAGGAACAGCAGUGUCAACCCUGUGCUACAUAAGCAGAAGCAACCAGCUCAUUGUGGGGUUUUCUGAUGGCUACUUGUCACUAUGGAAUAUGAAGAGUUUGAAGAGGGAGCACCACUCCCAGCUUGAAGGAGGAAGGAUUCCUGUCUAUGCAGUUACUUUUCAAGAGCCUGAGAAUGAUCCCCGCAAUUGUUGCUACUUGUGGGCUGUUCAGUCUACACAACAAAGUGAAGGUGAUGUUGUGAGUUUACAUCUGCUGCAGUUAGCAUUUGGUGACAGGAAACGCCUGGCAUCAGGACAAGUCAUGUAUGAGGGUUUGGAAUACUGUGAUGAAAGGUACAGUUUAGAUCUCAGUGGUGGAAUCUUUCCCUUGAGGGGGCAGACCAGCAAUACUAAAUUACUCAGCUGUCAGACCAUAGAGAAAUUUCGCAACCAUGCAGACAGAGAGGACAGCGUUAAUGAAGUAAUCUCUCCUGACACCAGUGUAUCAAUCUUCAGUUGGCAAGUGAAUACCUAUGGUCAGGGAAAACCAUCUACUUAUUUGGGAGUGUUUGACAUCAAUCGCUGGUAUCACGCCCAAAUGCCAGACUCACUGAGGCCAGAAGAAUUGCUUCAUGAUUGCCCCUAUUUUGCACUGUGGUCACUGGAUCCUGUAAUAAGCAUGACUUCUCCAAACCUCAUUUUGGAUAUUCUGGUACACGAGCGUAGUCUAAGUCGGGGGGUUCCUCCUUCUUAUCCACCACCUGAACAGUUUUUUAAUCCAAGCACCUAUAAUUUUGAUGUGACGUGCUUGCUCAACUCGGGAGUUGUUCACAUGACUUGCACGGGCUUCCAGAAGGAGACCCUGAAGUUUUUGAAGAAAUCUGGUCCUUUAAUAAGUGAAGCCAUUCGUGACAGCUACACUCGGUGUCUUGUCGCUGGCUUGCUGUCUCCAAGACUGGUUGAUGUCCAGCCAUCCAGUCUGAGUCAGGUGGGUGUACACUGGGGAAUCCAGGGGGAAAUACAUCCAUCUUGUCUGCAGGCUGAAGGGGAGACCAGUUUGCUAGAAAGCAUUGAAGAGAGCGACAAACAUGCAAUUACAAUUUACUUGCUGCUGGAUAUUAUGCAUUCCUCUCCAAAUAAAACAGAGACUUCAAUUGACUCCUUUCCAACUGCCUUUGCUAUCCCUUGGGGUCUUGUUAAGCUGAUUCAAGGCUUUUGGCUCCUAGAUCACAAUGAUUAUGAAUUAUCAACAGCAACAAGGCAGGCUAAUGCAGGAAAUGUGCAUACAAGAGCAACUUUCAUCAGUAAAGUGUUGUCCAAAAUUGGAGAAGUAUGGUUAGGAAAUGAGCAGAAAACAAAUAUCUCACAAUAUGAUAGUCCAAGAACUACAGAGCCAGCAGUCAGUACACAUCUUCUCCCUAGUGCAGAGUUGCCUGAUGCGUUUCUUGGGACACCUAUUACAAAACUUUCUCAGAAGUGUUCAAGGUUGCUGGAUUUGGUGGUUCGUCCUGUUCCUUCCCGCUCUGUGGCACAGGAUGAGAGCUGGCAGUCCCCGUGCAGAGCUUCUACUUCUUUUGUGGCAUCCAGCCCCCUGAGAUCAAAUACACAUCGCUCCAGCUCCCAAAACAAUCUGCCAAGAGCAUCAGAGUUGAAUUUACUGGAAACUCCUCGUGUGGUCAAGAGAGCUAAAGUUUUGGCCACAUCUUCCGGUUUUCCUGGGUUUACUCCUCAGUCUAUUCUCAGGUCCAGCCUUCGCACUACACCCCUAGCAACUCCUUCUGCAUCCCCAGGACGAUCAGUUACUCCUCCUCUACGAGCAAAGGAACCUAGAAUAUCUUUCAGGGAAGAGAGCUCACAUGCAAAGUGGACUGUUGGGCUGACAGAAGAUGAUAAAGCACUAUUUGGAGCUUCAUCUGAGCAUCAUCAUGGCUUGGUAGAGGAUGCUUGGUCUGAAAGUAGAGCUAAACCAACUCUGUUAACUCUGAGCAAUCCUGAGGAUGGUCGUGCUGAAUUGCAGGAAUCUUCAGAAAGCAUACCUGGAGAUGAUUUGGAGAAGAUGGAUGUCAGCAAGGAAAAUAGUAACUUCUCUGUCAGAUCAGACCAGACUACUUUGGAGUAUCAUGAUGCAAAAUCACCUGGUGAUUUUGAAGAUGAUGUCAUCUUUAUAGCUGCUAAACCAGCUAAUUCUUCCACUGAAGAAACUGUUGAUGUUCAAGAAUUGGAGAAGGAGGAAGAAAGUGAAAUGGUUGAAGAUAAACCUUUCCAGAUUAAACAACCUGAUCCUUCAGGACAAAGAAAAGAAGCAGGAUUUGUGGAAGAAUCAAAUGCUGAAUAUCAUACCCUUCCUGAGUACAAGUCGGUGUUUAAAGCUGCUGAGGCUGCAACUUCUGGGGCUGGAAAUGAACGUGAAACAACCUGCCAGGAGUCUGAAAUGACCUCUUCAUCAGAAGAAAAAGCCAUACUGGUUGCAACAAAUCCACAGCUUGCUGAAUCCCCGGAGGCAGACAGUGAAUCUGUGAUAAGUAUCCUUGAGAGUGAGGACAUGGUCAGUACUCCAUCUCAAAAUCGACUUGAGGACAAGCGUGUGGAUUUACCUGAAGAAUGUAACCCUGAAGCAGCUGCAGCUGAAGAAGUCCCUGUUUCUAACAAUCCUCCAAAAACUGAGGAAAUUAAUGUUAUAGAAGAUACCUCAGAACCAGCACCUGAAACAUCACCAUAUAGUGAGCUAGAUCCAUCAAGAGUUCUUCAUUAUAGCUAUGAAAAUAUAGAGCAACAGUUUGCAUGUGAUUUGCCUGAUAAUAAAGAUAAUGAAUGUGAUGCAGCUGAGGGAGAUGGAGACCUUUUUCUCUCUCAGAAUAAUUUUACCUUAGUUUUGGAAGGAGAAGAAGGGGAAGCAGAGAUGGGAGACCCUACAUCAAUAGAUGCUUCUAAACCAGAUAACACAAUAACAGAAGAAAAGCCUGUGACCAAUUUAGAAAAUACUGAAAACCAGGAACAUGUUACAAACUCGGUGUCGACUGUAACUGGCGAUCAGGAAUCUCAGAAUAUUGCAGAGUCACUCCCGUAUGUGCCUGAACCUAUUAAGGUUGCCAUUGCUGAGAACUUACUGGAUGUAAUCAAGGACACAAGAAGUAAAGAAUUUACAUCUGAAGUUGUAGAGCAAUCAAUUCAUGAAACCAUAGGUAAAAAGGUAACUAGAUUCCAGAAGGCAAAGGCUCCCUUAACACCUGUGCUAGAAGCAGUGGGAGAGGAAACCAGCAGGCAUCAUUAUGGCACUGCUCCAAGAACCCGCACAAGGGGACAGCUGGGUAGAAGUCCGGCUGUUCUGUCAGCAGGCGCUCAGCAGCUGCUGAAGACUGACAGCCCUGCUCUGCUCGGACUGUCUCCUCGGAGAAGUACCAGGCGAACAAAAGAAGCAUCUGAGACUCCCAGGCUCCAAACAGAGGAAAAUGCUCAAGAGGAGCAAAUACCUGUGACACCUGUUACUCCUAGGAGAGGUAGGAAACCUAAACUGUCUAAUCUAGAAAAAACAGAAAGCAGCCAUUCUGAUGGACAAACCUUGUCUGACAGUACACAACCUGUUACUCCCAGAAGAGGGUUAAGGAGAGCAAAGGAAGCUGCAUCUGAACUCCUAGAAGAGGCUAAUGAGGAAACUCCUCUUGCUGAAGGCAGCAAUAUUGCUUCUUCUGCUUCCAGAAGGACUAAAGGAGGAAAAAGUUCAGUUGGAAAUGCAGAAACUGACAAGGCUGACACUGAUCAUAAAGUAAAAACAGCAGUCAGUCCCAGUAGAAGUGCAAGAAAAUUGAAAAGCUUUAAUUUACAGUUUACUGAAGAUACUGUCAAGGAUCAACAGGUGCAGCUUAGUGACCAACUCCUUUUACCUGUGCCAAGUAAAAGAGGCAGAAGAAGAAAGAUUAGUUCAUCAGAAGUUUCAGAAAAUUCUGAUCUUGAUGUGUCUAAAUCAUCGCUUCCUCAAACAGAAUUUAAACUUCCCGUCACGCCUAGAAGAAGUGCUAGGAAGGCAGCACAAAACCUCUUGGCAGACUCAGAGUCUACCUCUUCUCAGGAAGACACACAUUCAGGUGUGAAAGUAGAAGCCCUUGAUACUCCUAAGAGAAAAACUAGGAGAGUGCCACACAAGAACCCAGAAAAAGAGGAUACUCAUGAACAAACUCCUGCAGAGCCAAAUGAGGAGCCAGCCACACCCAGGACUGCAGUGAGGACAGGGCGUCGGGGCAGGAAGAGGAGAUCCAUGUCUGAGGAGACCUCCCAAGGACCUGGUGGCAGUCCUUUGCUGCUGGAAGACAUAAACCCCUCAGGACGUGAUCAGACAUCAACAGCUCUGACAGAUCGUGUUACAAGAACCAGAUCCCGCAGGACUGCCAUCCAUCAGAAACUGUCUGUUGAGGAAAAUGAGGCUUUCCUUUUCUCUCCUCCUCUCACAAAGCUCACAAAGAAAUUUGAAGCUGGAAAAACAGACCAUCCUGUGAAGUUUCAGGAUUUAGACCCAGAUUUGUCUUCUCAAUUUGUCUUUUCACCUCCUCUUUUGAGGUCAAGGAGAAAAACUGUAGCUAACAUUUCCCGAAUUGUGAAAGAAGCAGAACUUCCAGCUAAAGAAGAAGAGGAUACCAAAUCCAUAGAGUCUGGGGGAAAGCAAAAAUUGAAGAGAGGUAGAACUCCAAAAUCAAAAAUGAAGAAAGAAAGCAAAACCACAAAAGAUUCUUGGUCACCUCCACCAGUCGAAAUAAAAUUCAUCUCUCCUUUUGGAAGUCCAGUGGAUGGAACAAAAACCAAACAGAAAGAAACUACAGAUGCAGCAGGGAAGACCCUAAGAAAGAACAAAAAAAGACUGUCUAAUUUUCCAAAGCCAGUUGUGCGCCGGAAGAUGCUGUAACUGUUUUUUUUAAGUUUAUAAUGUACACCACUGUUUGUAAAGUCAUCAAAAUUGUGUGAAUUAGUAAGAAGAAGAAAAAUCAUCUAAUUUGGAAGAGAUAAUUUAUAUAAAUUAUUGUAAAAUUUCAUUAAAAAUGGUCUUCAGUAAGUAACUCCAUAUGGAGUGUGAUUUCCUCAGUCAAUGCAGUUUUCUAUUUUAUAUUAAGACUUCAUACAUUUAUAUAAUAUGUAAAUACAGCUUAUUUUAGGAAUGUUAAAUAAAAAUGUAUACUUCACAAUGUGCUUACUGUCUGAUAGCUUUUUGAGGGAAUAUUGGGUUGAAUGACCUGUAUUGCUCAGAACUUUUAAUGUUGGUUUGUGGGAGUUACAGACUCUCAAAAGUGAUUCCAAAAGCUUUUAAAAAGUUUGUUUAGAAUUCCUGUAACAAGUAAACAUUUUAAGCAUACUAGUUUUAAUUUUAAAAUUAUGUUUGACCUUCUGGCACAAAUAAUUAAACUUACAAUACAAACUGGUAAUUCUUUACAUUCACGGUUAAGUUGUACUGUAUUGAAGUCAGAAUGUAAACAAUUGUGUUUUAAGCUGUGCAAUAUUUUUUUUUUUGUAUUUGUCUUAAACUUUGGGAAAGCUGCUCUUUAGUUCAUAAAACCAGAUCACACCUCAGAUGUGUCAUUAUUUCUAAAAAUUUGUUAUCAGCAAAAAGUUAACUGUACAGAUGGUGUGAUGGUUACCAUAGCAUAUCAGAUUUAAAGGGAUACUACCCAGAGACUUUGAAAUUUGAGCCAGAAUUAUUUUCAUAAUAUGACUGCUACUAUAAUUGAAAUACGUACUGUCUGUAAACAUGCUUUGCAGUAUUUGAAACCUGCAUAUCACAGCGCUGAAAACCUGAUGGUAAAGCCUAUAUAAUAGUCUGGAAAAGGUACAAAAUUGUACAGAAAUCUUAGUUACAAACCGUAUUUUUGAAUAAUUGUUUCAUUAACAGUCUUGGGUUAAGGAUUCUAUGUCCCUAUAAAGUUUCAAUUUGUAUAAAUAAAGUCACAAACCUAUUCUUUUAAAAGCAGACAUGGAAGUACUAUUUUGAUGUGCAGUCUUUUAGACAAUGGAUUAUUUUUCUGUAUGUUAAUUUAUAUAUGGAUGCAACUUUGAAGACUACAGAUUGGUGGAACCUGAUAUUAAACUUUUCAAUUAGUAAAAA